CCCCAGCGACGCCCGCCCGAGCGACGACGCCUCCGAUCCCACGCUCCGCAACCCGCAACGCACGCGACGAUUCCCGUUAGCCGGCCUUGCGAUAUCCCGAUUUCAGUCACGAUUUUUUGGAUUUUGAGGAUUCUCUCAGUGGUUUAACUGUGGUCUGAACCGGUGGUAGUUUGUGCCCGCAUUUAUUAUCAUCAUCAUUUUUUUUCAUAAGCGGUCCUUUCUUCAUUUAAUGGCUCCUGCCUCGAUUCAAAAAAUUCCGGGAUCCACCCAAAUUUAGGGAUCGAAUUUCAGAGGUUCUCUCUCGUCACGGUACUGACCAGCUGUGGUUAAUUUCCGCCCCUCGUGAGGGAUUGUACACGCGGCAUUGUUCGGAUUUUCGCCCGUGGUUUUUUAUUCCAAUGAGCCUUGUUUCAGAGGAUAUUUCGUGAGAUUAAUUGCAAUUUUGAUGCGUCAAAACCUCCCCUUUAAGUAAUUUUGCGAACGGUUUGGCAUAAUCAUUUGAAAUUUUUGAAGUGGGGAUUUUAACUUUCAUAUCUAAAUUUGUUUACGUAAAUAGUGCGUUGUAACGCGAAUCGAAAUAAUACCUAGUGCAAACAAGAGUCGACUUUAAAGUUGCUUAAAGUUGCAUCAACGAUCUUCUAGGUUACGAAAAAAACGUUUGGAUUAAUCCGGUGUCGUUUUAUUUGUGAUUGACACUUGGUGCAGUGAUUGAUCAGUGACCCCUUAUAUGGGAUUUAAAUUCAGCUAUUUGACGCUGUAAUUUUUAUUGUUUUAACACCACUGUCUCUUAGUUUCGCAGUUCAAUAAAUAUCUUUUACUCCUCGAAUUUUGUUCGAAACAGUGUUAGUUACUUUGUGUUUAAGCCCUUUUGAGGGCCGUGCUCAGACUUGAUUUAGUCCAUGGGAUACACAUUAUUUCCGGAAUAAAAGGACGCAAAAGUAGCAGUUGAAAUUACAAGCUCCUUCAAUUAAGAUCGAUCUUUGACAGCCUGCUAAAGAUGCCGGCAAAUUACCGUUGACAGGAAAUAUAUUGCCGUCCACUACUAAUAGUUGUUGACUAACACAAAGAUUUGCCUCUCAAUCUUUCCACCCGGAUAAUUUCGCAGCUGAUUCUCUCAUAACUUCAAUCAUUGUUGCCGAUGAGUACAAAAGUAGCUCUAUUAUCACAGAAUAAGGCAAAUUUCAAUGCAAACGUCACAGGCGCAGGUUUCACAUUCAUGAGAGUCAAGUCGAAGAAAUCCAGAGGACCGUGUUUCUUCAUUCUUCUCACACAGGAAUAACAAAGCUGUGCAACAGGCAAAAUAUCUUCACAAAUGCUGCACAAACUGGUCUCCUAUUCAUCUGAUCUCAUCAAAGUUAAUUUUAAGGUGUAAUUUUAAGAAUAGUAAUUGUCUAUUGAACUCAAUGGGCGCCUGUCAGGUGUACCAUACUAUUUAACUAAACAAUGUAUAAGUUGAUGAAUAAUUUUUAGUUCCAAAUUUGUCUAUCUAGUCUCAACAUUUCAAAUCUGGUUUUUGAAGGGUUAAAGAUUACUUUUUAAGAUACGAAACCAUGAUAACGAGAGUACGAAGAAAGUGAUACGUGCGAUGGAAGACGGGUGAAGAAGAGGGGAAAUAUUUUUCCGCUGUACUUGGACGAAGGAUCCUGCCACGAUGAGCGGCGACCGACGGCGGUACCGAAAACGACCCGAUCUUGCAGCGCUCCCCUCGCAGUGCGAAUGAACUAUGUUGUGGCCGGUGCCGCUGCUUGCGCUAACGUUCGUUAGUCUGUGCACCGCGUGCCCGAGCCUGUGCACCUGCAAAUGGAAAGGCGGCAAGCAAACGGUGGAGUGCGUCAACAAGAGCAUGACCACCAUACCGGACGGCAUCGAGUCCGGCACGCAGGUCCUCGACUUCAGCGGGAACAACGUCCGCUCCCUCGUCCGCGAGAAGUUCCGCCGGCUCGAGCUCGUCAACCUCCAGAAGAUCUUCCUCUCGCGCUGCCGCAUCUCGCACAUCGACGACAAGGCCUUCCGCGGGCUCACCAACCUCGUCGAGCUGGACCUCUCCAACAACGACCUCAUGGCCGUGCCCUCCGAGGCCUUCAGCGACUUCCCGUCCUUGAUGAAACUUUCCUUACACGGGAACAAUAUCCAAGAGAUCAAGGCCGGCGCGUUCCACCAGCUCUCCUUCUUGACGAACCUCGACCUGAACCGGUGUAAGAUCGACAAGAUCGAGGAGAACGCGUUCAAUGGUCUCUCGAGUAUAGAGUGGCUGAAACUGGAUAGUAAUCGGUUGACGUCGUUGCCAGGAGCCACGACCCUGCCGCAAUCCUUGAGCGGUAUCACUCUCGAGAACAACCCGUGGGAUUGUGACUGUAGGAUCAUCGGGCUGCACGAUUGGCUCAACAAGACGAGGACACCUCAGGCUGUCGACCCGGUAUGCACCAAGCCUUCCAGGCUGAGAGGCAUCCCUUUGAAGAACGUCAAAAGGGAUGACUUGGCCUGUUUGCCGGAUAUCGAGCCAACCGCGGUAGAGCUCAUCAUCUCGGAGGGACAGAAUAUUUCUCUGAGGUGUGAGGUGAGCGCCAUGCCGCAGGCUAGGGUUUCGUGGCUCUUCCAGGGUAACGUUCUGCAGAACGACUCGGUGUUGGAGCCGGGCCUGCAUCUGUACUACUUCAUCGAGGAAGGCACGUUCGACAAACAAAGCGAGCUUUUUAUUUUCAACACGAACGUGGGUGAUAAUGGUACGUUUAUCUGUAUGGCCGAGAACUCGGCCGGUAGGAGUUUAUCCAACUUCACGAUUAGGAUCGUGCUCAAAGAAGAGCGGAUGGUCGCGGCGCAGACAGUCACCGUCGAGUAUUUUGUUAUCAUCAUCGCCGGGACGAUAUCCAUCAUCCUAGUGCUCACAAUCACCGUUGUUAUUUUCUGUAUAAUCAAGUGUUUCAAGCAGAGGAAGCGGAGGCGAAAAACGAAACAGCUGUACAACAAGGAGACCAUCAUCAACAACCACGCUGACUCCGGGUUGACGCAGAAAGCUUGCCUGAGCAUAAAAGACUGCGCGCCGCCGUUGAUCAAGUCCAACUCGGAGAUGAUGUCGCUGAAAGCGAUGAACGGUUGCGUCGUGAUGGACCAGAGGCAGUCCGAGGAACUGACCGUCUUCACCUCCGAGGCUCCGGUCCUGGUGACGAACGACCCCUUGGUCUCCUACUCCCCGAUGGUGGGCCCCGCCAGCUCGGAGUACCACCAGAUCCUCGAGCAGAACCCGGACUUGAUCAACGACGCCAAAAGCGUGAGCAACAACGUUCGGUCGCGGAACCACUCCCUGACGAUAGAGAACGGGUUCGACUUGAGCAACGUCAUCAACCGGGCCAACCUCUCCGGGAGCCUGGCCAUCUACGAGGCGGCGCAGAACCCGACCAGUUUCCACCAGCAGCUCCACUUCUUGGGCACGCUCACACCGCCGACUCUUCAGCUGUACUCGCCGGCGGAUAUCCACCUCAUGCCUGGGAAGUUCGUGGACACGGACGGGUACCCGGUGGACUUCGGCCUGCCCAAGCUCCUCACCCCGCCCGCCGGCGGAGUGACCAGCGUGAAACCGGUUGCGACCGGCGUGCCGGCCGCCUACUACCGCACUCUACCUCACAAGCGUCACAACGCCGCCAACCCGGUCAGCAGGUACUCUCGCGAGGCUGAGUUCUUGUCGAGAUCCAACGCGGCCUCCUACGAGCUCUACACGCCGACGGACGUCCGGCAUAACCUGGAGGGUUACCCGACCUCACUGCCUGCGGCCACGGCCGCGCCCUUCCCCGAAGUUCCCGCCCCCACCCCAUUCGCGGACCCGCCGCCGACCAGCCUCGCUUCGCCGAAACCGGUUCUUUCCACCGCAUCCACGUGGACGGAGACGAGCGCCGAUUCGGCGCUGAGUGCGAAACCGGCGUCACCAGCUCCGGGCUCGCAGAGCAGUCUGUGUGCUCAAUCUAUCCUCACCUCUUCUGUCGUUGUAGAUAAACCCAAGUCUUUUGCUGUCCCCCCGACCGCGCUCCAGAAGAGCGUUCUUGCCGAAACCCCGGAGGAGAACGGAGAGGGGGAGCAAGAAGCGACCGACGUGUGAGUCGGUACGGUAGUUGUGUAUCCUUAGGUUCCAAAGCUCAAUUUUUUAUUCCUAUGUCGCUCCUUAGCCCGCCGUCAUACAGGAAGCUCCAGCGCACAAAACCCCCUUGGAGUUUAUUCAGUCACCCUCACCAUCUCGCGUUCAGACAAGUUGGUGCUUUUCCUGAUUUUUGCACGACACGUUUUUUACGAUCAUUUGCACCGACAUGAUAUUUUUAUAUUAUUGGAAUUGUUAAUGGGAGGUGAUUUGUGAAAGUGAGAGGAUUAGAAUUUGCGCACUUUGAAUUUGGAUUACCGGUGAACAGCACAGAAAACGCACCGAACUUUCAUAAAAUGUCUUUCCUAAAGUGGGUAAAUUGAGCUUUUCAUUUGAUUUAUCAUAAAAAUUGGAUGUGUUUCAUGAUCCAUUAACGGCUCACACAGCAAAAGUAAGAGAUUUUAAAUGUGAUUUUAAGCACACAGUUUAGUUUUUGGUACGAACUUUUCUUGGCACAUCAUCUUUCAAGAAAUGUUUUUGGGUCUGCACUUUGAUUUAAAAUUUAAAAAAAUAUCGAAGAAAAGAUUGCUCCAGUGAGAUGAAUUCAUAUUUGUGGGUUAGGUUUAAUAUUUGUGAACUAGGCUGAGAUUAAGAUCAAGGGUAGUAAAGAACGGAGAAAGAUUUGAAACGGGGAUAUAUUUCUUUUGUAUCCAAUCAUACAAAAUUUUAAACAAAUCUACCACUUUAAGGAGCGUCAGAAAUUUUUACUUCAUUGCUGAGCAGAUACAUUUGUGAGUAAAUUAUUUUAUUAAUGCAAUCUCUCAUUUUUUAUCGUCGUAUAAAAGUUUUAUUUACUUUGUUUAGAGAUUUUUUAAAUGAUAUUUUUAUACUUUAGAGAGGUAAUUAUUUAUAAUGAAUGGUAAUUGUAUAAACUUCUACCUUUGGCCUUUAGUUUUUAUUUGAAAAGUUUUGCUGCUUGUCAAACUGAAAUUUUGAGCGUUGGUUGGUGUGACAAUCUUCAAUGUUCAUUUUUCAAUCAAUCCCUUUUAGAUGUCGUUUUCCCUCGGAUGACAAAUUGUGCUCAUUGAGAUUUUAUCAUAGAAACAUUUCGUAGAACACCUUGAAUACGUCAACUGCGAGUCCAUUUCAUUCAGAAAUUAUUAAACUAAUAUUUUGACAACAUUUUAUUUGUGAGUAGAAUGAGUUGACUGCAAAUUUGUUAUCAAGUAAUUUUGCUUGUAAUGCAAGAAGAGCGAUUUUUUACUCGCAUCUUCAGUAAACUUCAUUACCUUCGUUAACUCGCUAAGUUACGGCUAUUUUGUUUUGUUCGGAAUGAGGUAUGGGAAAAUGUUUCUAUUUUUGAGGUGAUUUUAUCUGUUCUCCACACGGAAGAAGAUGAAGCUAUUAGAAAUAAAUCACGUUCGUAAAAUUUAGGUAUUUCGUGAAGUUAUAUUAAACCAUUUUGUUCAAUCGUAGCUAUCUGGACUCCGUAAAAACCAUACUCUAUCCGAUCACCAUUUAUCCAACUACAACACCGUUACACUCUCUAUUUUUCUCGGCAACGUCCCAGUUAAAUCAGAAAAACAUGCGUAAUGUGACUGUAGAGGGAGUAUGAGGAUGAAUAUUUGACUGAAUGAAACUUCCAACUUGAAGUGACAAAACUACGCAAUGUUUGCCUUUAAUUUUUGAAGAAAGGGAUAAUGAAAUCAUCUCAAAAAUAGAAUGCUUACAAACGGAUUUACGUCAGUUUUCGGCUAAUCUUUAUAACCCUCUCCUCUCCAAUCAAUAUUUUGGUUCAUGAAUAACUAGAUCCUGUUCAGCGAAAUAAAAAUUGGAUUUAGACACUAAGCAGAGUUUUCAUGAAAUAAAAAUACCAUACCUGUGUACUAUUUUCUAUUCGUAAUUUUUAAAAUUAUUGUUUUUGAUUUCUUUGUGAAAAAAUUAAUGUUGAUUGGAAAAGGUUGUCAAAAGGUACACCAACGCAAGCGAGCUUGAAGGAAACGAAAUAACUCAGCUGUAUAUUAAUUUCCAAGCACUGUAAAAUAAAAGUAGAAUUUGUACUAUGUUUCAAGCAUCCGUUUUACGAACGCGCAUUCUACGUUUCCUGAAAUACGAAUAAAACCACUCCAAUAGUUCUUUUCCUCUAGUGUAUAAAUGAAAUAUUGUUAAAUUGCUAGAUUUAUAGUUACCUUUAAAAAUAAACAUUCAUUCAAAGUUUUA